CCACAGCCUUGUGCCUCUCAGUGACCCUUGUGUCAUCCUUAUCUAUACUCUUCUUUCUUCCUUUGGAACCCACUCCUUGGCUUCACAUUUUUGUUAUUACCUGCUGACAUCUUGUUUCUACCAGAUCCUUCUCCCUGUCCAUCUCAUCACUCUGAAGUUGGUGAACACAGAGCUGACAACAGAACCCCAGGCACAAAGAAUCAGGAUAAGAGCUCAAUCCCUGAGGAAUGUCAGUCCAAUAUUCGCUCAGUCCUCAAUUCAUGCUGCUAUCCAACAUUACUCAGUUUAGCCCCAUAUUCUAUCUCACCAGCUUUCCUGGAUUGGAAGGCAUCAAACACUGGAUUUUCAUCCCCUUUUUCUUUAUGUACAUGGUUGCCAUCUCAAGCAAUUGUUUCAUUCUGAUCAUUAUUAAGACCAACCCUCGUCUGCACACACCCGUGUACUAUCUACUAUCCUUGCUGGCCCUCACUGACCUGGGGCUGUGUGUGUCCACGUUGCCCACCACUAUGGGGAUCUUCUGGUUUAACUCCCAUAGUAUCUACUUUGGAGCGUGUCAAAUCCAGAUGUUCUGCAUCCACUCUUUUUCCUUCAUGGAGUCCUCAGUGCUCCUCAUGAUGUCCUUUAACUUUGUGGCCAUCUGCUACCCUCUGAGGUAUUCGGUCAUUAUCACUGGCCAGCGAGUGGUCAGGGCAGGCCUAAUUGUCAUCUUCCGGGGACCUGUGGCCACUAUCCCUAUUGUCCUCCUCCUGAAGGCUUUUCCCUACUGUGGAUCUGUGGUCCUCUCCCACUCAUUUUGCCUGCACCAGGAAGUGAUACAGCUGGCCUGCACAGAUACCACCUUCAAUAAUCUGUAUGGACUGAUGGUGGUAGUUUUCAUUGUGAUGCUGGACCUGGUGCUCAUCGCACUGUCCUAUGGACUGAUCCUGCACACAGCAGCAGGCCUGGCCUCCCAAGAGGAGCAGCGCCGUGCCUUUCAGACAUGCACCGCUCAUCUCUGUGCUGUGCUAGUAUUCUUUGUGCCCAUGAUGGGGCUGUCCCUGGUGCACCGUUUUGGGAAGCAUGCCCCACCUGCUAUUCAUCUUCUUAUGGCCAAUGUCUACCUUUUUGUGCCUCCCAUGCUUAACCCAAUCAUAUACAGUAUUAAGACCAAGGAGAUCCACUGUGCCAUUAUCAAGUUCCUAGGUCUUAAAAAGGCCAGUAAAUGAGUCCUGGGGCUAAAACUCCCCCUAGAGGCCUAUAAGAAGGCCCCAAAUUGGACUGAAAAUUUGGAGUAUUGAGUAUAUAGCAUGCUCUUAAAGAUUUUUUGCCCCUGUCCUAAAUAAAAUAUGGGCAAAUUUAUUUCUGGAGUUGCGGCUUUAAAAAACUGAACUUCUCUUGCUUAGAUUUUAAUGCCUCCUCCUACAGCUGAGAACUGGCAUUUUUGGUAGCAUCAAAGCUAUCCAGAAGGCAACUUUAUUGAAGGUCAUCAUCAAUGUAACUAAAACUAAAAUGAAACUAAAUAAAAACUAAAAAGAACAAUAAAUACCAGAGCACCCAGAGGAGAGCCUGGCAGAGACCAGGUAAAUGCCAUUUGCUCUAACUCACCUCCGGAAAUACACCUCCUUCCAUGGUUCCUUGGGACUGCUUCCAUCUUCUCUACCUGGCCAAGUUUCUUCUCAUCUUUUUCUAUCCUGGUCAGCAGUAACUUUCAGACCCCCGAGUCACAUCAGAAACCUCAGAACUCCUGCAUUCUUCCUCAACACCUGUUUCAAGCAACACCCACCCCCCAAUUUCUAAGGUUGUGCUCUCUCCUGACCAUAUUCCUCUAGAAGAGACUUUGAUCCUAUCCUUGACUCCUCUCAUCUCUGAUUUUACCUUACAACCUCAAGUCUGACAUUAAGCUAAAGUCAGGAUUUACUUGUAGGUGUUUUAGUUGUGUGAUACUGAACAAUGACAUGUAACGUGAGAAAGCUUCAGCCAAGGAAACUCACAAACAUAUUGAAGUCACAAUCCCAUUGCUCAGGAGGAAAUAAACUUUACACUGGCUGAUCAGCCUGUCCCUACGAGUGACUAAAUGCAAUCCUUGCAGGGGUCUCAGCUUUGAAGUUGCUUCCUCAAGGACAUUUUCACAGAUAGCUCCUCCCUUUCCAAUGGUAGAGCACCAAAUGCUCCAUCGGUUUCCUUCCACGGUGCCCUGCAUUUCCUGUUGUAACAUUUGUCACACAGUAAUGUCCUGUUUAUGAAGGUGUGUGCAUGUGUCCAUUAGAAUGACUAAAUCAAGAUCCCUGGAGGAAUUAUGCAUGUCUUGCUCACCAGUAAAUGUAUAUAAAUACAAUGCCUAGCACAUGCCAUAUACUCAAUAAAUAUUAAAUGUAUGCGUGGACAUACAGACACAUAAAGAGGGAUCCAGAGCUAACAGAAGUUCUCUUCUUGUCUCAAGGAACUCCUCCUCUUCACAUUCAGAAGCCCAAGAAGACACCUUUCUGCUGGCAUCCAUCAAGGUGGUAUCUUCAUUGUCCCAGUUCUACUUUACUCAGGCCCUCUGGAUCCUCCCACCCAUUCUCCUACAGGUUAAAAUUACCAUGAGGCCAGGCACGGUGGCUUAUGCUGUAAUCCCAGCACUUUGGGAGACCAAGGUGGGAGGAUUGCUGAAGGCCAGGAGUUUGAGACCAACUUCAGGCAAAAAGAUUACUUGAGUCCAGGAGUUUGAGACCAGCCUGAACAAUAUAGCAAGACCCUAUCUCUACAAAAAAAAAUUAAAAUUAGCCAUGUGUGGCGGUGCACGUCUGUAGUCUCAGCUACUUGGGAGGCUGAGGUGGGAAGAAUGCUUGAGCCCAGGAGGUUGAGGCUGCAGUGAGCCAUAAUCACACUACUGCCUGGGUGACCAAGUGAGACCCCGUUUCAAAAAUAAAAAGGAAAACAAACAAAAUUACAAAGCGAAAUUUAAAAAAGAACCAAACUCUAAAAAUAUGUAUGUAUGUUUGUGCGGUUUCUUGUGUAUGUUUGUGUGGUAUCUCAUGUUUGUAUGUGUGGGUGUUGUCAGACUCUCAGGCUUGGGAGGCCCUCUGGAACCUAGCAGUUUCUGCAGCCUUACAGGCUGGCACUCCUUAAACAUAGGUUCCAUUCUAAACUUUAAUUUACAUCCACAUAGUAGGCCACAUUACUCAAUAGCAGUUCCGAGACUUAGAAUAUUCUUCUCCAUGUUGAGAGGAAAUUCCUAUUCUAUAGAUCUCAUUUGGUAGAAUGGGGUAUAAAAAAUAUAGGAUUUGGAUUUAGAUUAGCACUGAAGUCCCAUUUUGCCUCUUAUAAACAAAUAGACCACUGACAUCUAAAUUUCAUUCUUUUCAAAUUAGGAAAUACCUACAGGUAAUAACAUAUUUGAAAACUUCUACCUUACUCAAAUUUAAAAUGCAAAUUAACAUAUCUUAAUUUGUUACUAAACGAAUAUUGAAGAAUAGAGUUAACAAUCAAUAUCUGGCUGGGCGCGGUGGCUCACGCCUGUAAUCCCAGCACUCUGGGAGGCCGACGCGGGUGGAUCACGAGGUCAGGAGAUCGAGACCAUCCUGGCUAACACGGUGAAACCCAGUCUCUACUAAAAAUACAAAAAGUUAGCUGGGCAUGGUGGUGGGCGCCUGUAGUCCCAGCUACUCAGGAGGCUGGGGCAGGAGAAUGGCGUGAACCCAGGAGGUGGAGCUUGCAGUGAGCCAAGAUCGUGCCACUGCACUCCAGCCUGGGCAACAGAGCGAGACUCCUUCUCAAAAACAAAAAAAAAGAAAAAAAAAUCAAUAUCUGUGCUGUUAAGUAUGUGGUAAAAGAGCUAUUUUCACAUACCAGAAUGAAAACAUAAUUUAAUUUGCCUUUUAUGAAAAACAAAAUACAUCACAAGACUUGAAAAUAUUCAUGCUCUGUGUCUCAGAAAUGCCACUUCUAAAAAUCUGUCCUAAAUAAAUGAUAAAUUAAAAAUUUAGGAUGUAAGCUGUUUGUGGCAAAAUUUUUUUCCUGUUUGCUCACAGUUCUAAAUCCAUCUCCUAGGUCAGUGAUCAAUAAAUAUGUGUUGAACUAUUUAAUAAGUGAAUAUUAUAAUUUGUGUUAUUGUUCAUAAUUUUAAG